GACUGUCAAGAUUCAGUUACAUAGGUGUACUUACUGGGCAUUGUAAUUCCACAGGAAAUGAUGAGGAUGCUUGUGUAAUGAUUUUUUAAUUCAUUGUCUAUACUAACAAGUGACUGGACCACACCAUCAGAUAAAACAGGCUCAACUUGUAAUAGCGUUAAACCACUGAAUGGUCGCUUGAUUGUUGUAGGGGGAGAAAUCCAAUUGCUCGGUCUCUAUCUAAACUUAGAUAUGCAAUAUACGCUAAAAGGCCCAUAGUCCAGGGAGCAUUCACAAAGCUUCCACUUACCAGAGCCAAAUAAGUUCAGGUCCAGAUGAAUAGCUUGAUUGACUGGAAUAUAAAAAGGCUUGAGAAUUGACGUCUGCCAAAAGCUCGAAAAUUUGCAGACAGUGCUUUUCCGAGUGAUGGUAAUGGGAUAUUGCAUUGUGUCAAACAUUCGGUAAAUACAAGGAGUGAGACAGUUUUGGAAAUUCCAGAAAAUUGACACCUUAUUCAUGUCGAACUGUUCAUUUAGGAUGCGUUUUUUUAAAAACUACAUUCAUUAUGUGCUGAAAUUGGUUCAAUAUUGAUCAAUUAUUCAUUUGAAUUGGAUGCACUCAUGAAUUGUUAUUGGAAAGUUAUUGUUCUACAAUCUACAUCUUCCAUUAAGACGAGGGAAUGAGUUCUGUCGGGAUAUAAGUAUGUGAGAAACUUGUCGAAUGUUAUGUGAACAUAAGUUUGUUUUUAAAAUGUGAAGUGGAUGAUAUCCCUUAAUUUUUAUCAUUAUGUGCAUGGAUGCAAGUUUUCCUUAGAUAUUGAUUUCAAUGUGUGAUAAUUGUAAUUUUGACGGAUGUUAACAUUUUUUCCCCCACAAAAAUUAUAAAAAGCAGUGGAUAAUUGUCAUAUCAGUAGUACAAAAGGGAAUUCCAAUCAAUGAAGCUUUAAGGCUGCUAAUGUGAUAAUCAUUGGAGACUCAUACAAAAUUCAUUGUGGUACAUCAUUUUAUAAAGCUAUGUGUUUUUCAUCAGAACUUUUUCCACUGUUUGAAGUACUAGUCAACCCAGUUAUAAUGUGGUGAAGUAAAAUAAAUAAUAAACUGGAUGAGAUGUUUUUGAUCUGUGGAUAAUUUUGUUUAUGAGUGUUUAAUUGUCAAAUUUGGACCAGGUGGAAGUAUAAAUUUGUUUAAAGAUGGAGGAAGAUGGAACAGGAGAAAAUUUACAAGACUCCAUGCAGGAGAGGAGUGCAGAAUGUUGCGGCUCACCGAAGCAGUCCCCAAAAACAAAGCAGAAGAAAAAAACGAAGAGCUCGGAAGCUCUAGGAAGUGAAUCUCCACGGAAAAGGAAGGAGUCCAUAUUUACAAAACUUGGACACAAACUUCUGCAGUCCCAUAGAAAAACCUCCAGUGGUGAAGACCUGGAAGACAAUUUGUCAAGGUCAAUGGAAAGCUUGCAUAAGUUAUCAACAGAGGGCGGUAAUGAUGUUCAAAAUGGAGCGCGAUCAGCCUCCGAGGCUAGUAUAUUUUUGGGAAAGAAAUCGUCCAAUCAAAAUUUAUCAGCUUUUGAGGUGGAAAAUUCUGAGGAUGGAGAAGGAAGGGGUAGGUCUUCAAAUCAGAGAUCACCUAUGCUAGGGAUGACUGCAGGGGUUAAACGUGUGUCAUCUGAAACAUCAAUUAAAACCCAGGAUGUUUCUGCUAGUGGUUGGAAAAACAUGGAGGAGGUCAUCCCAGUUCUAUCACAGGAUUCAGAGUUCUUCUUGUUUGACAUGAAUGAAAGUGUUCAACAGGACUCCAAUAUCAGACAGCGAAGACAUGAGUUAAUGCAGCAUUCAUUCUUUCAUUUGGAGGUUUGGCUCAAGGAAGGAAAAGAUCUGGUAGUCCGAGAUAGUAGUGGUACCAGUGAUCCAUAUGUGAAGUUCAAAAUAGGUAGCAAACAUUAUUAUAAAAGUAGAACUGUGUUCAAAAACUUGAAUCCAAAAUGGGAUGAAAAGUUUACGAUUCCUAUUGAAGAUGUGUUUAAACCAGUGUGUGUGAAAUGUUACGAUUACGAUCGAGGAGUGUCCGACGAUCGCAUGGGAUCUGCAGAAUUAGACCUCUCAACGCUUGAAUUAAAUACUCCCACAGAACUGAAGCUAGAGCUGAAAGAAAAGAAAGAUGAGGGAUAUAUGGGAUACAUUCUGUUACAGUGUACCCUAAUACCCAAGUCCAGUGAAGAAAAGGAGUUUUUACUUAGUAAUGAGAUUUCACAAGAUCAAUUUCAUCAGUUUAAAGGAUCAACGUUACGCAAAUCACCCGGCACUCUCGAAUCUCAGGCACGGAAACUGAAGAUGCAGAUCUGGAGUGGAAUCGUGAAUAUCGUUUUAGUGGAGGGACACAAUCUCAUGGCCAUGGACGACAACGGUUUGAGUGACCCCUACGUCAAGUUCAGGCUGGGUCAGGAGAAAUACAAGAGUAAACACAAAUUAAAGACCCUGAACCCGAGGUGGUUAGAACAGUUCAGUCUGCGAAUCUUCGACGACCAGAGUAAGACUUUGGAGAUCAGUGUGUACGAUCACGACCUACGAUCUGAUGAUUUUAUGGGCAGAGCAACAAUUGAUCUGUCUGAAAUAGAGAAAGAAAAGACGCACACAAUCGUUAAGGAGCUGGAAGAUGGAGCGGGCACGAUCAAACUUUUAUUGACCAUCAGCGGGACACAGGGUGCGGAAACGAUCACCGAUCUCGUCAAUUACACGACCAACACGAAAGAGAGGGACGAUUUGUACCGGAGUUAUGGAAUCUUCAACUCCUCUAAGAACCUGAAGGAUAUUGGGUGGCUACAAGUGAAAGUGAUCAAGGCUCAGGGUCUAAUGGCAGCUGAUAUCGGGGGUAAGAGUGACCCAUUCUGUGUCCUAGAGCUGGUCAAUGCUCGUCUUCAGACCCAGACAGAAUACAAGACCCUCAACCCAGAGUGGAACAAGGUCUUCACAUUUAAUGUGAAGGACAUCCAUUCCGUGUUGGAGGUUACAGUGUAUGAUGAGGACAGAGACAAGAAAGCGGAAUUUCUCGGCAAAAUCGCCGUGCCUAUUCUUCAGAUGAAGAGAGGUAUAAGACGAUGGUAUGCCUUGAAGGACAAGAAAUUACUGGGCAGAUCAAAAGGAGCCAUUUUAUUAGAGAUGGAUUUCAUCUACAAUCCGGUGAAAGCUGCUGUCCGAACAGUCAAUCCCAGGGAAGAGAAAUACAUGCAACCAGAGCCGAAGUUCAAAAUUGCGCUGAUGAAAAGGAAUAUCAACAGAGUUUCGCAAAUCAUUUCAUCUAUCAUGGAGGUCGGUAGAUUCCUGCAGAGCUGUUUCGAAUGGGAAUCCAAGGCCCGGAGCAUUACUGCCUUCACAGUAUUCCUUAUCAUUACCUGGUUUUUCGAGCCCUACAUGUUACCUGUGACGUUACUCAUACUCUUCCUAAAGAAUUAUCUCAUCAAAUCCGCUAAAGAGGCCUUCUCUGUGGAGAACAAAGAGGAAGUGGUAAAUGUAGAUGAAGAGGACGAUGAUGAUGAAGAUGAGGCUUCUAAGGAUGAGAAAAAGAGUGUUCGAGAAAAGUUACAAGCAGCCCAAGAAGUUUGUUUACAAGUUCAGCAGGGGAUGGACAUGGUGGCUUCACUCGGGGAGAGGAUCAAAAAUACCUUUAACUGGACGGUGCCUUGGUUAUCCAUUCUAGCUGUGAUUGUGUUGUCUGUUCUUGUCGUGGUUCUAUACUACAUUCCAAUCCGCGUGCUCAUCUUAUUAUGGGGCAUCAACAAAUUUACGAAGAAGUUGAGGGCCCCUAAUGCAAUACCAAACAAUGAACUGCUGGACUUCCUGUCCCGAGUGCCUUCAGAUAGUGAAGUGAGUCAGUAUAGAGAGUUUGCUCCUGAUGUCCCAAACCUUGGCAAAAAGAAAAGAGCUUAAACAUCAAUUAGGAUUAAUUAAUUAUCUCAAGGUUGUGUUUUAUCUGGAAAUGUUUCUCGGUGACGUCAGGUGUAGCAUUGCUCCAAAAUUCAAUGAAGGAUCCAAAAUAUCAGUAGCUACAAAUGCUCUAAUCGAAGAGCUAAAACUAUUUUCAAAUUUAUUGUGACAUUUCAUAUUUUUUCAGGGUAAUUCGUUU